AAUUUUCUCUUUCUUCUUCUCUCUUCCAUCCACCCUCUCUCCUUCUCUGUUCUCUUCUCUGAUUCUCUCCCUCUUGCUUACAAGUUACAGCAGCCUUCCUCUUUCCCUCUUCCAUAAUCGGAUCUCUUCCAUAAUCAGAUUCCCGAAUCAAUCACGACAAACGCGCGACCGCCUCUGCUCCUCUGCCAAAUCACGAAUCGCUCCCCUGAGGCGGCCGCCUCUGUCUGACUGCCUCCGUGGCCGUUCCGCCCGUUCGUCGCUCUCGGGCCUGUUCGCUGCAACUCUCCAGAUCGCCUCUGCCUGACUGCUUUGUUCGCUGCAACUCUCAAAAGGGAGUGUCACUAUCAAAUACAAAAACAACAUGAAUUUUGCAGCAUCGUUGUGCAGAAGAUUGAAUAUCAAGGAACUCGUGACAAAUGUUCCUGUGUACAGAAGCACUGGUGAUGUUUCGGGUGAGGGAUUGAGUCUGGUGUUCCGUCGUUGGGCUACCAAAAAGACAGCUGGGUCCACAAAAAAUGGACGAGAUUCAAAGCCCAAGAACCUUGGAGUGAAGAAAUUUGGUGGAGAGAGGGUAAUACCUGGAAACAUCAUUGUUAGGCAACGUGGUACUCGUUUUCAUCCAGGAAACUAUGUUGGACUGGGGAAAGAUCAUACUCUUUUUGCUUUGAAAGAGGGAUGGGUGAAGUUUGAACGCAACAAGCUGACUGGUCGCAAGUGGGUGCAUGUUGAGCCUAAGGAAGGUCAUGUCCUCCACCCUGUGUUUACAGAUGCUUCUGCAUCCGAACCAAAAGUAGGUGUCUAAGUCUGACCAAUUUCAUGCAUAAACUUUUUUUAAGUGACCAAUUUUUUUGGCUUAUGUGAACUCCUAAAUGUUCCACCUCUGAGGUCUGUUACAUGGUUUUCGAUUGUAAUCAAUUAAAAGAUUUAUUCCAAUUAAUAAUAGGUGCUUCAGUUUUUUUGCCCUUUUUUAUUUGUCAUUUGGAUCAGUAGUUGUGUAAGGCAUGUGAAUCUAAACAGGCUCUACUUGCACAAUUAAAUAUUAUGCUAUUUUUAAUUUGUUCGACAA